UUGAAUCAGGUCAGAAACACAUAUGCAUCACUCAACGCCUGUUUGCGAUGGCUUGAUGCUAGUCCCACAUGUACAAACGGUUACUUUCUUUCACACCACAUUUGGAUUGAUUGGUUUACUCUCUGGUCUAUAUCCCUGUCUGUUUUCAUCUUUCAGGGAUGUCGUUCAGUCGAAGAAUUCGAAUGUUUAAACCGUAUUGAAGAAGGAACUUACGGUGUGGUCUAUCGUGCUCGGGACAAAAAGAGUAAUGAAAUUGUUGCCCUGAAACGUCUGAAAAUGGAAAAGGAACGAGAUGGGUUCCCAAUCACGUCAUUAAGGGAGAUCAAUACACUGAUGAAAGCUCAACACGAAAACAUAGUCACAGUCCGCGAGAUCGUAGUUGGGAGUAAUAUGGAUAAAAUCUACUUGGUGAUGGAAUAUGUCGAGCACGAUCUGAAAUCUUUGAUGGAGAUCAUGAACGGCCCUUUUAGUGUUGGCGAAGUCAAAUGCUUACUGUUGCAGUUGCUUCGGGCUGUUCGUCAUCUACACGAUAACUGGAUUCUUCACCGGGAUCUCAAAACUUCUAAUCUGUUACUGAGCCAUCAAGGCAUUCUAAAGGUCGGGGACUUCGGUCUGGCUCGGGAGUAUGGUUCUCCCUUGAAACAUUACACUGAAGUUGUCGUCACUUUGUGGUAUCGUGCUCCGGAACUGCUUUUAGGUGUCAAACAGUACACUUGUCCGAUCGAUAUGUGGUCUGUCGGUUGCAUCUUUGCCGAAUUUCUCCUUCAGCGUCCUCUCUUCCCAGGCAAAGGUGAAGUGGAUGAAUUGAAUAUAAUCUUUCGCGAUUUGGGCACACCUACAGAGCGGAUAUGGCCUGGUGUGUCCCAGUUGCCGGGUAUGAAAAAAUGUGUUUUCACGGAUUAUCCGUACAACCAACUACGUCGCCGUUUUACCGAAAAGCAAAUCUCCGAUCAGGGUUUCGACCUCCUAAACAGGUUUGUUUGUUUACUGAGAUUUUCGAAGUUUGUUUGGUUUUAUGAGUUUCCAUGUAAGUCAUUUGUAUCGAUAUCAGAAACACCAGUGAGAUUCAAACCAAUUCAAAACUCGCCACCGCCACCAAGCUUUUGGUUGUAG